CUUCCUCCUUCCUUUCACGCGGCCAUUACUAGCGAGGCCAGCUGCGGUCUCCCCUGUCUUGAGUUCGGGAAGUUUUAGACCUUUAUUACCGAUGCCGGGAAAACUAAACACGGAAGCAAUGGACACCGUAACCAUCAAGGAGAAGAAAGUUACUGAAACUCCUACACUCAAGAAACAAAAGAGAAAACUUCAGAAUGGGGAUACAGAAGGACUUGAUUUGGAACUUGUAACUGAUUUAAAUGGACUGGAAAACGGCGACAUUAACAAUAAUAAGACACCGAAACAGAAGAAAAAGAAGAAGCUUGCAGAAAAAGAGAGUCCUUCUGAAACCGCUGAUCAAUGUAAUGGAGAGCAGAACGAUGCUCCUACUCCAAAGAAAGUUAAGAAGAAAAAGCCAAAAAAGGGCAAAGCUGUAGAUAUAACAGAGCCAGAAACAUCCUCCCCUGAACCUCAGGUUAAUGGAGGGCAGAGUGGCAAAAAAUCUAAAUCCAAAAAAAAGAAACUGGCGAAUGCAGAAAAUGAUGACGCAGAUAAGUCUGCUGACUCCGACGAACCAUCAGCCAAGAAGAUGAAAGUAGACCCAUCUGCAUCAAAUGCAACUUCAGGAAAUGAUGAAAAUGAACCUAAAUCAGAUGAUGAGGAAACUAAAAUGGAGAAAGCGGCUGGAGCUUUUGAAAAUUUUCCCAUUUCCAAAGAAACCAUAACCAAUCUCAGAGCUAAAGGAGUCUCUUACCUAUUCCCCAUCCAAACCAAAACAUUCCACACUGUGUACAGCGGCAAAGAUGUGGUGGUCCAGGCUCGCACUGGUACAGGGAAAACAUUUUGUUUCGCAAUUCCUUUAGUUGAAAAGUUAAAUGAGGACAAGGAGCCAUUGGCCAGAGGAAGACCACCCAAGAUUCUAGUUCUCACACCCACCAGAGAACUUGCCAUCCAGAUCGCAAAUGAAUUCCGUGCUAUCUCAAAGAAACUGAAGAUUUGCUGCUUCUAUGGUGGAACACCUUAUCAGCAACAAGUAUUCUCAAUUAAAGAGGGCAUUGAUGUUGUGAUUGGUACUCCUGGACGUGUAAGAGAUCUCAUCCAAAACUAUCGUCUGAAUUUUGGCGUCCUGAAACAUGUGGUUCUAGAUGAAGUUGACAUGAUGUUUGAUAUGGGAUUUGCUGAACAAGUAGAGGAAAUAUUGAGUGCGCGUUACAAUUCUGAUCCUACACAGAAUCCUCAGACUCUACUUUUCUCUGCGACAUGUCCCAACUGGAUGUACAACGUUGCUAAAAAAUACAUGCAAACAGAAUAUGAAAAAAUCGACCUUGUGGGACACAGGAGUCAGAAGGCUGCAAUUACUGUAGAGCAUUUAGCCAUAGAAUGUACAAGAGCCCAAAAAGUCCAUGUUCUUGGUGACAUCAUUCAAGUCUACAGUGGACGUCUAGGAAAAACCAUUGUGUUCUGUGAUUCCAAGUUAGAAGCUCAUGAGUUAUCUACCAACUGCAGCUCAUUAAAGCAGAGUGCCAAAGCUUUACAUGGGGACCUCCAACAGAAGGAACGUGAAGUCAUCUUGAAAGGAUUCAGACAAGGAGCCUUUCAGGUUCUUAUUGCAACCAAUGUAGCUGCUCGGGGGUUGGACAUUCCAGAAGUUGACUUGGUCAUCUUAUUUUCUGCUCCAAAGGAGGCAGAUUCAUAUGUUCAUCGUUCAGGGCGCACAGGCAGAGCUGGGCGAACAGGAAUCUGCAUAUCUCUCUAUGACCCGAGAGAAAGUUAUUGUCUGCGCAAUGUGGAACGAAGCACGGGAAUCACAUUCAGACGUGUUGGAGUGCCUUCCCUUUUAAAUGUUGCAGAGUCAUCCAGUGCCGAUGCAAUAAAAUCAUUAGAGUCAGUUCCAGCUGAUGUAGUCGAACAUUUCAAAGGAUAUGCUGAGGAGCUCAUUGAAAAGAAGGGAGCUCUAACUGCCCUGGCUGCAGCAUUGGCUCAUAUAUCUGGAGCUACCUCAAUUGCACAACGUUCCCUCCUCAACAUGGAACCAGGCUUUGUGACUGUAGUCUUGCAGAGUUCUGUACCCAUCAACACAAUAAGCUAUGCAUGGAGAUCUAUUAAGGAACAAAUGGGAGAGGAGAUUGAUUCACAAAUCCAUAGAAUGUGUAUGUUGAAGGAUUCCAUGGGUGUGUGCUUUGACAUUCGGCCCGACACUCUCCAGUCUAUGCAGGAAAAAUGGACAGAUUCCAGACGUUGGCAGUUUACAGUGGCUACUGUACUUCCUAAUAUACAACCAUCUAGGUCAGACAUGAGCGGACCAGGAAACCGAAGCUUUGGUGGCAGGGGAGGAAGAUCACAUGACAGACGAAAUUCAUCAUUUGGCAGACGAGGCCGUGGUGGCAGAGGUGGAAGAGGUUCUGGAGGAAGAAGUUCAGGUGGUGGAUUUAGACGAGGACGUUAAAUACCAUGGACUUGAUUACAUUUUUUUCUAUUCUGUUCUCGGGAAAACCCUGCAGUGUACUGCUAACGUUGACUGCCAUUCGACCAAUUGCUGAAACAUCCUUUGUACUUUUAACUUUUGGUAACGCUUUAUCCACUCGAUAUUUAAAGCUUAUGUUACAAAGCCCUUAAUAAAAAGAUAUAUAAUCUUUGUAUGCUU